UGGAUUAGCCGAAGCAGUUUAGAGUUUAGACGAGGAUGUUGUUUGUCUCACCAACGUGGAAAGGCCAACCAGGCUCUCACUCUCUCACCUCCCUUCUAUGGCUGCAACAGUUUCACUCUCUUUCUCCAUAGAUCCACAACCACAACACCACUACUUUUCCCACUUCAAACCCCACCAAACUCUUCCUUUCACUUCCUCACCUCUUUUCCCCAAAUACCCACUUCUUACUAUUGCUCACAGACACAACCGCUACGCUUUCAAAUCCUCUUCUUCUUCCUCCCCCUCAACUCCUUCAACGACAGCAACAACAAGCUCUUCUUUUCUCGAAGACCCAUUUCGAACAGGUCGGUUUCUGAGCAAUGAAGAGCUUGAAAAGCUCAAACUCCUCGAGGAUUUCAGGUAUUAUCGGGAACUGGAAUCUGGGUCAUUGUGGAUUCGGGUGAUGAGGGCAGAGGAGAUGGACGACACAGUUGCUUUGCUCGCUGAGUCCUUUGCUGAGUCCAUGGUUUGGCCUUCUGGUUACCUUUCGUUGUUGAGGUUCUUGGUGAAGCAGUACUUGAUUGAGAGACGAGCUCUAAUGCCUCACACGGCCACGCUUAUUGGGUUCUACAGAGGAAAGGAAAAUGAAAGACUAGAACAUGAAGAAGAAGAAGAAGAGGAGGAAGAGUUGGCGGGGACUGUGGAGGUUUGCUUUGAUAAAAGGGGUGCAAAUGCUUCUCCUCCUACGCCUACUCCUCCUAAGAAUUCGCCAUAUAUUUGUAACAUGUCCGUGGAUAAGCCACUUCGCAGGAGGGGCAUUGGCUGGCAUCUACUUAAAGCAAGUGAGGAAUUAAUUUCUCAAAUGAAUUCCACAAGAGAGGUGUACUUGCACUGCAGAAUGAUUGAUGCAGCUCCAUUCAACAUGUACAUAAAAGCAGGUUAUAAGGUUGUGAAUACGGAUAGCAUUUUCAUCCUGUUGAUGUUGCAGAGACGUAAGCAUUUGAUGUGCAAGAAACUUCCAGUUCUAGGAAGCCCUUUUGAUAUGUCAGAUUCUGAUGAGGAAUAAAUAUGUUGAAUGGACUUGUGGAUCAUAACAUAUAUCCAUGAGGAUAUAUGCCAAUGAGGUUGCGAUCAUCAUUCAACCAGGUUAGAUUUUGGCUAGGAGGCGAACCUGAUAUUUGAGCUUCUCCUUGCUUAUAUUAUAUUAUGUGUAUGUAGAGUUCCAUUUUGUUGCAAGUAAAUUGCAUCAGGCAUCUCUAUUUCAAUGUGAUCUUAGUCCUGUUGUUGUUAUAAAAAGAACAGGUUACAGUUUUGACACAUGGUUUAUAUUUUGUAUAUAUUUGAUCUUGAAGUUUUAA